AUGAAUGUGACAUUGGGAAAAAAGACCAUUGAAAAUAAUCGCACCCCGGUUGAUCCAAUUGGAAUAAGCCUUCUUUGCAUUGGGAUCAUCGGUAUCACGGGAAACCUGAUCUGCGUUGCCAUUCUCCGUCGCCAUUCCUUCCGCAACCACACCAACUGGUUAAUCGCCAACCAGGCUCUUGUCGACUGCCUCGCCUCUUCCUUCCUUGUUGCAUCAGAGAUAACACGCCUCGCAGGGCUGGAGCCUUCAGAUACGAACCAUUUUGCAGCGAUCCUUCUUUGUAAGUUUUGGAAAUCCUUAGCUGUUGUCUUCGGUGCUUAUGCCAUAUCCACCUUCAACUUGGUGGCAUUGUCCAUUGAGCGUUACCUGGCUGUGGUCUAUCCGAUAUGGUACCUGGCUCAUUUCAAGCGACGCGCCGUUUACAUUCUGGCAGUUCUCACCUGGCUCUUAGCUCCUCUUUUCCAGAUGAUAAAUGCCAUCUUGCACAACAGGGUGACGGAUAAAAGGAAAUGCUUGUACGUACCGACAUACAACCACCUACUAAUUGUGUUGUUCUUGUGGGAAUACUUCAUACCCGUUAGCAUCAUGACAUUCUCUUUCAUGGCCAUCUUAAAGCGUUUCCGACACUUGAACAGGGUUGCCAACGACAGAGUCAACGGCUUCCCGCAUUCCCGACAAUGCACACCUACGCCGUCGCCUUGUGCCAGUGGUCAAAGCAUAACACCAUCAGUCGUAACUUACGUGGCACGUGCAGAGGCCAAUAGGGAUCGACCUAAAAGCACCAUCAACAUAGAGGAAUCCCCGACUGAUGUCCCCAGACGUGACGGUGAAUUAGAAAGCACAGAAGAGGCAACUCCAAAGGUCACAAUCAAGAACGCGAAACCAGCUACCAAUGGGGUUCUGCAGAGGCGCAACACCACCAAAGUACUGCUUCGGUAUGUGCCAGGCUCGGCGUUCGGUCAAUCAUUUGGGAUGGGAAAGGAUACGACAAAGUCAGAGCUGACGGGGACAAUGACUUCGGUCAACUUGACAAAGCCGUCAUUCAGAGCUGGACAAGCAGGAUCAGAAUAG